AUGGCUGAGUUUUCCCGUUUCGCCCAGGGAGAUGCGGUUUCCGGAUGCGACAUCGGGAAGAACGAGAGGUUCUACUUCCGCGAUGACAACGUCAAGCUCCUUGUCGAGAAGUGUCUAUACAACAUCCCCCGAACUCCCCUUGAGCGUCACUCAACGUUCUUCCGAGAACUCUUCGCUUCUCCACCUGAUGCGCGUAUGCCCCCAGGGUGGUCCUCGCAGGAGUUGAACGUGCUCGACCGACACUUUCUCGUGUACCUCCACAGCGCCACAGGCGUCAUUCAGACGGUACGGCCGAGUAUCACCGGCCCGUACGCCGAAGCGUACCCCUUGUACGACACGACACCUGGUGAGUUUGACGCCUUCUUGUCGGUCCUCUAUCCCGAGAACUACGCCAGCCACGAUCUAAUCACAGUCACGGAGUGGGUCUCCGUUUUGAAGUUGUCCACAGUCUGGGGCUUCGCGUCGGUCCGCGAGCUCGCCAUCGCUCGUUUGAUGCCCUUGCUUCAUGAUCGCCCUCUGGAGAUGCUCGUGAUUGCACGCAAGGACCAUGUCGAGGAGUGGUUGGACGAUGCAGUCCGCACCCUGAUCGAACGCAAAGAGCCUCUCGAGCUAGCCGAGGCCGCACAGCUACAGCUGGAGGAUGUCAUGCACAUCAUGAGCGGUCAACGAACGAUGGAAGCGGACCGUUCUAUGGCCACGCUACGCGCGAACCCGCUCUUUACACAUGCAUUCGAGGCCAAUGAGGAAGCUCAACGCAAAGCGCGCGAGGAGCAGGAGCGCAGAGAGAAGGCCGAGGCUGAACGUAAAGCGGAGGCUGACCGCGAGGCGGAGGAGGCGCGCAAGGCCCAAGAAGAGGCUGAUAGGAAGGCGACAGAGGAGGCAGAGCGCAAGGCGCGCAAGGCUGCCAAGCGCAAGGCGAGGGAAGAAGAGACUCGGAAGGUAAAGGAGGAGAUGCGCAUCGCUAGGGAGAAGACCGUCCAUGGCAUCCAAGAAGAGCGUGCUCGUCUCGCAACUUUCGAGACUGCCAAAGUGGAACAGCAACGCGUUGCCAAUGAGAACGAGGAAGCUCGUCUAGCGAAGGAAAGGGCCGAACGCCUGGCUGAUGAGGACCGUGCCCGUGUCGCCGCCACCAAAGCGGAGGCGGAGGGUCUCGAGAAGGAGCUCGAAGCCGAAGCUGAGCGUGGUGGAGGUGUUGUACAGAGAUGUGCAGAUGACAACGACGUUGCCGAUGAGACUGGUAUUGCUGCACCAGACCUUGACCUCGUGAUGCAGCAUGCCUUUUGCACGAGGGAGAGGGCUGUCGCAGCGCUGAGGGAGAGCGGGGGAGAUCUCAUCAAUGCCAUCAUGGCCGCAAGCGACUGA